CUUUUCUUAUAGAUUAUCUACAUAUUAAGUCAAUAUAUGUGUAUUUAUAUUAUAUAAUUACAAUACUUUAUUAUUAAUAAUAUUAGUAUUAUGUAGAAAGCUCAAGAUAGCUUUUAAAAAUGCAUUUGAGUUUGGGAGAUCGAGGAAUAUUCUAGAUUGCAGGUCUGGGGUCGGUAGGGAUUGUCUUGUGGCGCAUGCGCAGUGCCCUUCCAGACAUUUCUUCUUCACGUGGAUCGCAGGAGUGAAGUGGUCCAGUGUGACGGUCUCUUGCUGCUCUGUCGGACGCGGUUUUCUUAAAGAUCAGCUAAAAUGCAGGCUUUCCGGAAGUUUCUCCCCAUGUUUGACCGUGUGUUGGUAGAGCGGCUCGCUGCAGAGACCGUGUCAAGAGGAGGCAUCAUGAUUCCAGAAAAGUCUCAAGCCAAAGUGCUGCAGGCUACCGUGGUAGCAGUGGGUCCAGGAUCCACAAACAAGGAUGGGAAAGUAAUACCUGUCUGUGUCAAAGUUGGGGAUAAAGUUUUGUUGCCGGAGUACGGAGGAACUAAAGUUAUGCUUGAAGAUAAGGACUAUUUCCUUUUCCGGGAUGCAGAUAUUCUUGGCAAAUACGUAGAUUGAAGUCAGCUUGUCCAGCCAUCUGUGUCAUUCUAAAGUGCAUAGAAUGAAAGAUUGUUCCAUGUUUGUUUUCAUUUUUCUAUGUCAUUUGAUUGUAAAUAAGUAUGAUCAUGUUUUGUUAAAAUAAAGUGAUCUUGAUGUUUCAUCUCACUUUUUGAGGUUAACAGUUUUGAAAUUGAACAUGUGACCGCUGAAACGUAUACCAACUGUAUAAACUGGGAAGUGAUAUACAUCUUAACAAUUGAAGCAUUGCCAAGACUUUAUAGUUCAUAUACAUGAAAAUUGUUUUUAAUUUUGGUAGAUUAUGAAUCACUCUUCUUUAACUUUUUAAAAUGGAAUGAGAUGGAUUUUUUUAAGUAACAAAAGAACUGCUUGUUCUAGUGGUAAAAAAGGUUAUUUUUUUAAUUUAUUAGUUUUCUUUAAAUUAUAUGAUUUUGAAUUCUAUGUUGGAUGUGAUCAGAAGUUAACUAAAAUAAUUAGAUAGUGCCUCCUGAAAGUAAUCCAAUUCCUAUAACUCCUCGCAUUGAUGUUUUUCAGCUGACUACAUUUUUAUUCAUUAAAUUUUUGGAAAUAUUCUGAA